UGGAGGACACACACUGUGCAUCAUCUCCCUUAGCCGUCCGUCUGUGUGUCCUGGAAUAACAAGCAUUUCCUUAAAAAAGCGCAGGAGCAGAUAACCAGCAGCAGAGAAGUGAUGGAUGAAAGAAUACCGCAUUUACAGGACAGACAGUUCAUGGAGCACGCAGAUUUCUUGGGGGUGGACUACCCCUCACUCUACAUGUGCAAAUCCAAAAGAGGGAUAAAGCGAGAGGAUGGUGGGAAGCAGGACGCAUACAAGUUACCACACCGGUUGAUAGAGAAGAAAAGAAGAGACAGAAUCAACGAAUGUAUUGGCCAGCUGAAAGAUUUGUUACCCGAACAUCUGAAACUGUCGACGCUCGGACAUUUGGAGAAAGCAGUCGUCCUGGAGUUAACACUGAAACACUUAAACGCACUGACUGCUGUCACUGAGCAGCAGCACCAAAAGAUCAUCGCUCUGCAGAAUGGGGACCGGUCGAUGAAAUCUUCCAUUCAUGCAGAUCUGGAUGCGUUCCACUCCGGGUUCCAGGCCUGUGCCAAAGAGGUCCUGCAGCACCUGAGUCAGUUUGAGAACUGGACGACACGAGAGCAGAGGUGCGCGCAGCUCAUCAACCACCUUCACAAGGUGUUGGCGCAGUUCCAGUCCGGCGCGCCGCCGCUCCAGCACCAGCUACCAGCUGGGGACGCACAGGAUGGGCAGAAAGCCGACAGCCAAGCCAACUGUGUCCCGGUCAUCCAGAGGACCCAAGGCGGGGAGCUUAACGAGAAUGACACAGACACUGACAGCGGAUACGGGGGCGAGGCUGAAAAGAGCGAUGGCAAAGAUAAAGAAUGUGAGCGCAAUAAGGCGCAGGGACAUAAGGCAGUGAAGAUCAAGCAAGAGUUUGGAGAUGAUCGCGAUGCCAAAAAACCAAAGAUGAACUGGCCUGGGAACGGGUUAGGGGGCACAGACGCCACCCGGCCUGAUCUGGCGUUUAUGAACUCUCUGAUGGGAAUAAGCAGUGUGGGACAGCAGACGCCCAUUUGCAUGCCUUUCUACUUCAUCAACCCUUCGGCCGCGGCGUCUUAUAUGCCUUUUUUCGAUAAAAGCAACAUUGAAAAGUACAUGUACCCAGCGGCGGCCGCUCUUGCGUCCCCUUUCCCCUGGCUAUACCCCGCACACGCAUCAGCAGCGGCGGCCGCGGCUGCUGCUGCCGCUUUCCCCGGCUUGUCUGCGCACUUUGGAGCGUCCUCUCAGUCCAGCGACUCCCAUAGCCCAGACAGCGACGAGUCACACGAGGCUGAGAUAGGCUCACCUGAGGAUCGCGAGGACAGUCCCGCGAGUGACGACGGAGAGGGUGACGUAGCCGAGGAGAGCCCACAUGAUCAGUUUUCUGCUUGUCAAACGAGCUAAUUUGUCUGUUACCUGUCCGUGCAUUCUGCUGAGGAGUUUAUGUAUUUCAUUUUUUUUAAUUAGGCGAGUUUUCAAAACGAGGUUUCACAGAAGAGAUUCUCAUGUACAGUAUCUUGGCGAAACAGGGGACAGUUGUGACGGCGUGUGCCUUUUGCACUUAUGCUAGAUUCAUGAAUCCUAACGGUUAUCGACAAUGAUUGACAUUAAUACACGGCUGUGUUCUGCUGGAGUUAGUUUUUUUUAUCCUCUUUGAUAAAAUAUUUUGAAAUGGCAGCAUUGGUGCCAAAAUUUUGAGUACUACAACAGUGCGCAAUAUCCCAAUCAGCGAGUCUCUUUGGAUGUAUGAAGUUGCAAUUGACCUCUGCCAAGGUUAUUAAGAGCUUGGCUGACUCUGACUGUAAAUAGUAUUACCUGGAAAACAGUCUUUAUUCAUGAACAUGUAAAUGUGCACUAAAUGGGCCUAUAAAAGAAAUGCUCCUGGAAGUGUAACCCCCAGCAUACCUCACCCCCAAAUGUACAUGGGGUGGGCACAUUACUGUCCCUCCUGAGGAGAAAUAAACGGCACCCUCUCCCAACACAUACAUCUCAAUUAUUGACGAAAAAUACAAACUUCAGCCACUUUAACAAUUACAAAUUGAUAAUAAUGAAAUCAGGGGGAGGUACUAUGCCUGAUUGCCCUCUACACAUUUUUACAGAUCUGAGCUUACUCUGGUUUCCUUAAAUUUUUCAUUCACAAGGGGCUGCUUGACCAGCAUAUUGUACAUCCCCUAGGUGAAGCAUUUCAGCACAGAGAUGCAGUGACCUCCUGUACCUCCAGGAAACAUUGUAGGAUAGCACCUUAUAGAUCUUUGAUAUUGAAUGUACCUGUAUUUUCCCAGCUGUUAAAGUUUGUAUGUACAAUGAUCUUUACUCUUUGAGAGGUAAAGUGCACUUUUUUCUGCUUUUACCCCCCACCCCACCCCCACCCCAACAGUCACCUCACCAUUUUAAAAAGUCUAUCACUGUAGUUCUCUUUGAACCUUUUUGCUGUGUUCAGCUGUCUUAAAAUAAAAAUGACUUCAUUUACAAAUGAGAGGGCAGAGACAUCACAUGCUUUGUGAUGAUUUCAUGCACACAGUGAAGUGGUGAUUAAGUAAUUUAACAAAUAACUGCUUAUGAUUAGACAAAAUUAUUAAAAUCGUAUUCAGAUUUGAAAACCCUGCACCCCACUACAUGCCAGACUAUCCCAGACACUGUGUUAGAUGCUAUCAUCAUGUAAAGCCAUGCUUUUCAAAUAUUUGACAAAGGUGGGAAAGAAGCUGUGGUCUUGUGACCAUUGCUGUUUUAGGAACUUUAACUUUAUCUUGGCCUGUUUACUAAGAGAUUUAUUCCCGCAACUGUAGUGUUGUUCAGCUUUUUUAAGUUUCACACAUGACUGAUGAUUUCCAUUGUAUUUUGCAUACAUGACAUUGCUUUUGUAGUUUUCUUCAGCUGGUUUUGCCUCAAAUCUGUUAUCAACUGUUAUAUAAAGUGGCAUGUGCAUCUGUAAAUAGGUUUUUGUGAAUAUACCAUAAAGUAUACAUGUCUAUGUCAAUGUUGUAGAAGUCUAUGGAUUUUUUAAAAAAGAUUUAACUGAGCAAUUGUUGCACAUUUCGUUAAUGCUUUACACAUAUGCUGUUCUAAA